UCAGCCCAUUGCAAAAUUUGAGAAAAGAGCUAUUUAAACUAUACAACAACAUUGCAAGCACAUUGUCUGUUCGGCUUGACAUCGAUGAGGCACUUGAGAAAAUAUAUGUAAGUCCUAAACUUACUCUAAAAGAAAAUGGCAAAGGCGAAGGGGGCGAUAUAGCUGAAUUGAAUGACAUUUUUCAAAUCAAAGAGGGCACAAUGGCUAAAACAGUAUUUGUUGAAGGCGAGCCCGGGUCGGGAAAGUCUUCCCUAUGUAAGAAGAUCGUUCAUGAUUGGUGUGAAACCAAACAAGAAGGACAGACAAUCUAUUCUCGGACAAGCACUAAAGGGAACGAAAUAUCAAGUCAAUUUGAAUUUGUGUUUUACAUAAUUCUCCGCGAGGCAAAGAAAGAAUGCUACGUAAAGAAAAUGAUAUUAAAAAACAUCAUAGAGAGGAUCGGCAUAGACAAAAGAAGCGGAGAAGAAUUGCUUGGAGAAAUCUUGAAAUCCAACACCUGUCUGCUUGUCCUUGAUGGUCUAGACGAAUGGCAGCACCCUGAAGGAUGCCAUUUUGAUGAAAGAAUUCCCCAUGUUGAAACAAGUUGGGAAAACUGCACCAUUUUUAUUACUACAAGGCCAUACAAACUCGCUGAGAUGAAAGUAAGCCGCUUUCAGAUUGGCAAACACGUGAUGGUGAAAGGAGUUUCGAACCCAGAAAAGCUCGUUGAGAAAAUAGUAUCUAGUUUAAAUGAUUUAUCAGGCAAAGGACCGUCCCAAGAUCCAGAGGGUACAAGCUCAAAACCGAAUCACGAACUAUGUAUUAGGGAAAUACAAGAAAAACAUUUGUGGCAUUUCAGUAUUUGUCCAAUCGUGUUAGCUCACAUCGUUUGGCUUUGGUACAAGGGAAAGCUUUCGACAGAUAUGAAGCGUUCUGAUCUAUAUGGAACGUUGCUGAAGGAACGAUGGUCUGAAUCGUGCGACAAGAGAAACUCAUCUUCUAGAUCCAAAUACAAGGAUAUUAUAUCCACCCUGAGCGAAAUAGCAUUUGCAAAGUUAUUUGCUGAAGAUGAAAAUCAUACAAUUGUAUUUGAAAUAGAUGAGGAGAAGAAUGUGACCUUCGAGAGUCAAAAGACCGCAUCUCUUGAAUCUGGCAUCAUAUCCAGGACCAAUGUUCCAGGUGAAUCUCCGCAAUAUUACUUCUUGCACAAAACUGUUCAAGAGUACCUAGCAGCGCUUUGUAUAUCAAAAGACAUUUUAAGGUGUUGUUUGCAUAUCAAAAUCACAUACCAAAACCAAAGAAGAGAAAGCGGAACAAGCUUGUCCAAAGUUUUUCAUUUCCUCUGUGGUAUGAAUUCCAAAGCUGCUGAAGAACUUUCGAAAACGAUGAACGAGCUAUUCACGGACUUUUGCGAUAGAGAGGGUUAUUCUUCCAUGGCAGUGAAAAUUCAUCAGAAUGAAAUCAUACAAGGUCAAAGGGAGCUAGAAAGGGGCGACAACACUGGGAGUGAAUUGUGUUUGCAGCACAUCUAUAUACAUAAUUUCGACGAAUGUGUAAGAGGUGAGAAGAAAGCAACUGCCCUAGAACGAUAUUUUAAGACAAACCAAUCAUCGGUUAUAUCACUUCAUAUAAGACAAGGGAACACCAAACAAGCAUUACAUUUAGGGAAGAAAAGCGACAAAAAUGUUCUUAAUUUAAGGAAAUUCAAGGGUCUGAAGUACUUACAUGUAGACGAUACAUCUUUCAAAGAUAUCAAGGGUUUGAAUUUUAAUCAUUUAGUAGAAUGCAGUAUCAACUUCAGAACUCCCCAGCAAGCUCCGAGACUCACAUCUACAUUUUAUAAAUCUGACAUCAAAUGUUUGAAUAGAAUAAAAACACUUGAAUUGUCAAAUUUGACAGACUUGAACUGGCUAAAAGAAGGGUCAGAACGCGAGGGAAUUAUUGAUAUGCGACGCCUUGCAAACCUUGAACACCUUACUUAA